GUUUAGGACUAAUUUGGUCCAAUUGAAAGAUUUAUGACUGAAUUGAUACAAAUACAAUAGGUUUAUGACUUUUUUGGUACUUUUCUCAAAUUUUCGUCGCAUCUCGUACUAUUCCCUCCAUAAACCCAACAAAAAAAGGCCCAUGAACGUGAGCCCAACCCAAAUAUCAUGCGCCACCAAUCCCAGUUGGGGUUUAGGGUUUUCUUCUGCGUCCGUUGCCACCAUUGUUCUGCUCCAGAAACCAGCUCCGACCACCGACACACCUCCUCCUUCCUCCUCCUGCGAUGGCCAAGAAGAGAGCGAGGCAUCAGAAUCCACAACCCUUUCUCGCCGGCGACGACGACAACGAAACCGUCGUCUCGUCGAAGAAGCAGUCGAAGCCCGCGAAGAAGCACCAGAAAGAGGAGAAGCUCAUAUCCUCCGGCAUAAGCUCGAAGAUAUUGAAGGAGGCUCUGCUUCAGCAGAAGGAGGUCCAGGACGAGGCCGAUGAGCAGCACAACCCUAGCUUCUCCCGGAAGUUCUUGGAAGGUCAGGGCCAGUUUGCGGAAGGAGAGGAGGAGGAGGACGUCGACGAUUUCGCUGGUUUCUCCGAGACUCAGAGUCAGUUCGGCAGUUAUGAUGAGGAGAUUGACGAAGACGACGAGAAGCUGCUCGAGGCUUUCUUGACGAAGGGUGCCGGUCCCCAACGCACGCUCGCUGACCUUAUUGUCGAGAAAAUUAAGGAAAAGGAUGCCACCGUUGCUUCAGAAGCUCGACCGCUACCUAAGUUGGAUAACUCCAUCAUCAAUUUGUAUAAGGGAGUUGGUGAGUACCUUAGCAAAUAUACAGCAGGAAAGAUGCCUAAAGCUUUUAAGCACAUCCCCUCGACACAGAUGUGGGAGGAGGUUCUUUACCUCACUGAGCCCGAGAAAUGGUCCCCGAAUGCCAUGUAUCAGGCCACCAGAAUUUUUGCUUCCAAUUUGGGUGCUAGGAAGGCAGAGCGGUUUUACAAGCUCGUCUUGCUUCCUCGAGUGAGGGAAGACAUCCGGAAGAAUAAGAGACUGCAUUUUGCUUUAUUUCAAUCUCUAAAGAAGUCCCUCUACAAACCUGCUGCAUUCAACAAGGGAAUAUUGUUUCCAUUGUGUGAGUCAGGGACAUGUAGUCUAAGAGAAGCUGUCAUUUUGGGGAGCAUACUUCAGAAAGUGUCUAUCCCAAUGCUUCAUUCAAGUGUUGCUCUAUUGAAACUCGCAGAGAUGGAUUAUUCUGGCACCACGAGUUAUUUUAUAAAGCUUCUCCUUGACAAGAAAUAUGGAUUGCCAUACCGUGUUGUCGAUGCUUUGGUUGCUCAUUUUAUGAGAUUCUUGGAUGACUCGAGGAUAAUGCCCGUCAUAUGGCACCAGUCACUUCUUGCCUUUGUCCAAAGGUACAAAAAUGAACUGCGGAAGGAAGAUAAAGAUAACCUGAGGAGGCUGCUUGAAAAGCAGAGACAUUAUUUGGUUACUCCUGAAAUCAGUAGGGAGUUGAUCAAUAGUCGCAAUCGUGGAGAGAAAGAUGACCCUAUGAUGAUAUCUACCCCAGUAUCGGUGAUUAAUAAGACCAUUGAUGAAGACAGAUUUGACAUUCCUGAAGUGCCCAUGGAGGAAGAUUGAAGGGUUACGUGUAGCUUAUGUCCUUUGUUGGUAUGAUGUAGCUAAUGCUGCAAUUCUUCAAGACCAUUGAAGGAUUUCCUUCAGGAAUCAAUCAGUAUAGUCCAAAAAUCUCUUUCCAGCAUGGCGGUUGCCGUUCAAAUAUAGUCAAUGCAAUUUUCCGUUACGAUUUUUAGUGUUAUUAGAUUUUUUUUGGGCAUGGGGAUCAAUUGACGAUUUACCAUGGUGUUUGUACUGAAAUUAUAAUCUUGGCAAUGGAAAACCUAUACUUAAGAUGAGGUCAGAGGCUUGUGCCACAGUAUUUUCACAAUUUGAGAUGCAUCAGAUGUACAGAAAGGUGUUUCAAUGCCUAUCCAACUGUCAGAUGCACAGAUUCAGUGGAUAAUUCAGUUUCGGAGUGCAUUCAUAGUGUCUAGUUAAUCAAUUUUUAAUAUUUUAUGAUGUAAAAAACAUGUCUUUACUUUGAAUUCACGUGAGAAACAUGUGCAUUGUCCA